ACAUCCCCUAACGGCCCACUAAUACCCUCAGAAACAAAACAUCCCCCAACAAUCCGGCGGCGGCUUCUUCGUCUUCCCCAAAACAAGAGCAGAGCUCCAAAUCCCGGCAUGGAGUCGGGCUCUGAUGACGGGAGCAACAGCAGCAGCAGCAGCUGUCCCCCCGGCAUCGCGGCCUUGCGCUCAGGUCGUACUGUUGCUGGUGGAAAGAACAAGUCUGCACCAAGUCGUAGGCAGAGAGUGACUACUGAUUUAAGCAUAUAUUCAGACCUUUCCUGCCGCAGGGCACCCGCCCCACCUCGGCUCCAGGGGGUUCUCCAAAAGGAUUCAGCUAAGGAGCUUGGACAGGCUUGGGCCAAGUUUUUCCAUGCCAAUGGGAUUCCUGGGGAGAAAGCCGACUGCCUGCAUUUCCAAGAGGCCAUGAAAUUGACGCAACAACUUGGUUCGGUGGUUCAGGACGUUCCUACAGGUUCAGAAAUUGAUGGGCCAUGCCUGCAGUCCGAGUAUGACGAAUUGAUGGAGCGUGUGGCCGAAUGGAAAGGUUGGUGGGGUCUGUAUGGGGUUACUGUGAUGUGUGACUCAUGGAUAGGACCUACUGGGACAACCAUCGUAAACUUCAUGAUCUCCUGCGAUAGGCGCAUGUACUUUCACAAGUCUGUUGAUGCCACCGGAAGCAUGCAGAGUAUCCCGUAUCUCUAUGAAUUGAUUAGGAAGGUGGUUGUGGAGGAGAUUGGGCAAGGCUUCGUAGUUCAAAUUGUGACACAGAAUGGAUCAAACUUCAAGGAAGCGUGCGGGCAACUCAUCAAGGAGUAUCCGCACAUUGUUUGGCAGCCAUGUGCAGCUCAUACUGUUAAUCUCAUGCUGAUGGAAAUUGGAAAUAUCCCCAAGGUUGAUGCGGUGCUCUCCAGUGCCAAGCGGAUAUGUAGGUUUUUCUACAGUUAUUCUGAACCUCUGCACGCUCAAAUGAAAACCAAGAUUGGUGGAGAGUUGAUCCCACCCAAUGCCGCAAGGUUCGGAACUGACUUUAUGUGCCUACAAAGUUACUGGGAUAAUAAAGACAAGCUCAGGCAGUGGAUGAUCUCGAAUGAGUGGGAAGAUGGCCCUUGGAGUAGGGAGGCAGAUUAUGAUUACACAUAUGACUGCUUGAUAAGCUGGUCCUGGUGGGAAGAUGUGAAAUGGGUACUAGAUAGAAUCCGACCACUUUAUGCUGUACUUCAGCACGCGGAUUCACCUAAGACUAGGUCAAUUUCUGGAUUUAUGCCUAGAAUGAUUGCUGCUAGGGAUGAAUUACAAUCUCUUUUCCAGGAGGGGUCAGAAGAUUUGAACGAUUUCAUGGAUGUGGUUGACAGGAGGGUUGUAGAUCUAUAUGAUGGCACUCUUAUGAUUGCAGCUGGUGUGCUUGAUCCUGAAGCCCACUACAAGCAUGAUCUUGCAAGCAAUCCAGAUUACAUGCAAGCAUUCACGAUGGCAAUUGAGAAGGUUGCAGACUCACCUGCAAAUGCAGUGGCGGCACUGGACCAGUUCGAAACUUUCCGUUCUUCUAGCGGGAGGUUUGACAAAGAUAUUGCUCGACGUUGUGCUAGCACAUUGGACCCAGCUUCUUGGUGGUCAUAUUUUGGAGGAGAAGUAAAACUCCUUCAGGGCUAUGCGAUUCGAAUUGUGUCCCGAUGUAUGUCCUCUAGCAGGUGCGAGCGAAACUGGAGCACAUAUGCAUUGAUGCAUGCACAAGCGACAAAUCAGCUUGCUUCUGAAAAGCUUCACAAGUUGGUCUAUGUCCGAUACAAUCUUAACCUGCGGUUCGAACAAUCUAAAAUAGAUAAGGAAGAAAAGGAUGGGAAGGGGAAAAAAGAGCUCGAUCCUUGCAGAUUGAUGAUGGAUGUUGCACUAUAUGAUAAAGAAAACCCUAUCAUGGAUUGGCUGAAAACCCCCGGAAGUGCAUCCUUGACUACACUGGACGAAAAAGAUGAAUGUGAUCUCCCUACACCAUCUAGGGCUGUGAUUGGUAUGAUAUGCAAAGGGAAAUCGAGUGAGGAUGUCCUUGACAAGCCAAUCGGGGUUUUGGAAUUGAAGAAGAACUGCAUCCUCUCCAGCAGGAAGCAAAAGAGGAAAAGGGGGAAGAUGGCUACUGAUAAUAAUGGUUCGUUGCACGGAAUGUCUACUAGGAAAAAGAUGAAGGAUCUCUCCAGCCUCCACUAGCCUUUUGCUGGUUAAUCUGUCAUGGAUAACCUUUGGAUGUUGGGAAUGGUGGCUAUUCAGAUGGAUCCAACAUGAGCUGGGGUAGAACGGAUGGCCAGUUCUGAAGCACAAGAGCCUGAAAUCCAAAACCUGGGGUGCUAGAUCUUAGGGUUGUGAUCUCUUCCUGAUUUCGAACUCUUGAUGCUGAAUGCCAACUUGUGAUUUUUAAUGACCUCUCUGAUCUUCUGCCUGUAGUAAGAUGCUACGUUAGGUGGUGCCUUUUGAGAAGUGUUCUAAUGUUCGCUGGUUAUCUUGUUUAAUUUCCAUGAUGCCUGUCGUUCUGCGUGCUCUGCUGAAACAUUGUGCGCCUUUGGAAUCUUUGAUCGAUGGUGCCAAAAAAGAAGAAGUAUGUCUGUAGGCAUAAAUGUUUCAUCAA